UGUAAACAAUCCUCGACAUAGUGGAUCAUCAUCCUCUGAUCCAUGUUAACAACGUCACGCGAUUUUAUUUUUGGUAAAAACAAUAAAAAUCAAACAGUUCGAGAUUCGAUAAUCGCCGGUGUGUCUCGAUAAAACAAAGUUACUCAGAACAGUUGAAACGUGAGUGUCCGAAGAGUUCUUAGAUAAACUGUGGAACAAAGUCGUUCACUUUCUCCUCCCCAACGCAAUUCCCGUAGAAAAUGUCCGGGUAUUGGAAAUUAUCGGUGCGCCACGUCAAACGAUGGAUUUUUAUCGAGUUUUACAUGCAUGCUAUUUACUGGUUAUCAAUGGAUUAUCGGUGAUUGCGGAGUUUAUAUGGAGCUCUGUCUGUCUCGUUCGAUGAGUCUGACUCUCGAUGAUGAUGAGUUGACACCAAUGAAAAUAUAAUCCUGUGGAUUUUCGGGAUUUUGUCAAUGGAGAUGGCUUUUCUUUCGGCGGAAUUGACGACGUCGACGGGCGUAUGACGUCUCCGGUGGAGGACAUCGCCGUCGGAUGACCUUGUCCUCCAUUUUUUUUUUCGAACGACAUGGCGCGAAUUAUUCAAAUUCAAGCCAACUCUCGGGUUGUAUGAAAUGCGGUUUUUCUUUUUGAUUUUUUGGGAUUGUUCAGGUGUGGCAGGAGAUGCAUUACUCGGGUAAUGCCGAGGUCGUGUACGGGUUUUUUUCCGGUUCGUUGCCCCCUGCCAAUUCAUAUCAUUGUCACGGGUUUUCGAUGAGUCUCGACGGUAUCGCGGUAUGAUAGACAGAGCGCGGUAAAAUUCAUGAAGUAUAUAAGUGCGUUUACUGGUUUUGUUUGUGAAUGUAUGAAUAAUACGUUUGUAAAACGACAAAUCUUCAGUGACAUGAGAACUAACGUCUUACAAUUUACUCGCAGGAGUUUUUUUUUGGGAUUGAAGGGGCGAGCAAAUCGUCAACGAACACCUGAGGGAUAUCGAUUUCCGACAUGUCAAGGGACUACGACAGUCGUCGUCGUACCGGGACGAGUUCCAGCAAGAUGCGAAUGGACACAAGCAUCUCCCAGACUCGUCCCCACGGCGAGUCGUCUUCCUCAAAGCGCAAGGAGCUGGACAGCGUAAUGCGCAAAGCGCGGGAAUCCCAGUCCUCCUACUGGAACAAGAAACUCCUGGAGGCUGAAGAGCGUGAUCCAAACAGGUGGCGACACAGUGGCUACAAGGAGCUGUACGUAGGUGGUAACAGCAGUGAAACCAGCAGGAAUCAUCCCCGGAGUCCAAGAAGCCCUCGGCCACGAUCUCCAUACAGUCCUCGUGCACGAUCACCACGGGAACGUUUGCACACGAGAGGCAGAGCCGCCCGUAGCCCCAGUACAUUUUCCACCUGUUCGGACAGGUCGUGUUCACUUUGUUUGCCGAGGGAUCGCCGUCGCGUAAAACCCCAAUCACGAAAGGAGCACGUCGUUGCUAGCUCCUCGAGGGCUAUACCGCGAUCAAGGCCACGUUCCCCGCCGCCGAUACCGCGUCCGCGUACACCACCCCCAGCCCCCCAGCCACCCUCCAGACAUCAAAAGGAGUACAAGGCCAUGAGGGAGAAAGAGGCUGCCAAGGCCAGAAGGAAGGAAAAGCAUCACAGGGUACCAGAGGAUCCCAGAGUGCCUGAACCCAUUCCUUUGAUGAGAAAACCGGUGAAGAUUGAGAAGACUCACACGAGUCAUCCUCCACCGACUGCAGUAAUUCACGCACAAGCGGAGUCUUCAGGUAGUGAAGACAGUGACAGCUCUUCCAAUACCUCCAACGUGGGUCCCCCGAAGAUGACGUUGUCAGAGCGGUUUGGAAAAAUGGCACAAUGGAGUGUAGAUCGCAGGGAUAUGGAGAACAUGCGUAUUACAAAGGACGGUGAGAACGCCAUGAAAGUCGUAAUCGAGGGAGAGGAGAGGAUUGCACGAUUAGGGUAUGAUUCUCCACCCCCUGGCCACUAUCCGGAGUCACUGCUGGCCCAGGGCCCCAGGGGUCUCGACUGCUGGGACGACGUGAGGGUGCGAUACGACUACUACAAGGCGCGUGGAUACUUACGUGAUCUCACUCUCGACGAUUACGUCAAGUGGGAGGAAUGGUGGUACAAGUAUCAGGAGUGGCUCGAGGCCGAGCGAUUUUAUGAGCAGUGGGCAGCUGCUGGUGCACGUGGAGGUGGUGGCAGAAAGCGACGGGGAAGACGCAAUAAUCCUAAUCACUGAUCAAUUAUAUCGUUUUUUUUUACGGAACAAUCGUUGAGCAAUCACAAGCCAAUUCAUCUAUUUCAUUAUUUAAUACGUGAGCAUAUGUGACUCUCGUGCUUAGAUUAUUGAUAUGUAAAUGUGCACGAAUGUAAUAAACUAUAUGCUGAGCUGAAAA